AUCCCACCUGCACCGCCGCCGCCAACAAGACCGCCACCGGCGUCACCUAUGACGCCGUCGUAUACGCCUCCAGCGGCCGACUCGGAGGACGACGAGCUGGAUCUGGAGGCAAUUCACCAGAUGGUUGCGCAGACGAAGGGGUUCUAUGCGCGAGACUACAGUAUGGCGCUCGGGUGGAACAACAUGCGGUAUAUCAUAGAAACAUCGAUGUACCACGGCAAACUUCUAAACCGCACCGUCGUCCUCCCCUCCUUCGUAUAUGCGCGCUCAUGCGAGCACCCAAACGACGUCUGCGCAGCGUACGUGCCCAUGGUCAACCGUGGCGACGCCGUCGGGUCCGACGAAUGGCGCGACCUGCCGCCCGACGAGCAGAUGGCCUGGCGCAUCCCGCUGGGCACGAUGCUCGACCUCCGCAAGCUGCGCCAGAACCACCCCGUGAUCCUCCUCGCGGACUACCUGCGCCUGCACGGGCUCGCGCCCUCGCUCGAGCGCAGCAACGGCCAGUGGGACGAGCGCGAGUAUCUCGCGGGCGCGAACGUGUUCACGGGCGAGACGCCGGGCAUGCGCGCGGUGGAGAACGCGUGGUACGAUCCGCGCGGGGUGAACCGCGUGGACCGGCUGCCGGCGGAGAUGCGGGAACGGGGCGGGUGGGACGAGGGCAGGGUGGAUGUGGAGAGGGAGCGGUAUGGGGACUGGAGUGUGGAGCAUGAUGGGAUACAUAAUAUUCUGGUGCAUCAGCUGCCGAAGGAGGGGCGCAGUUAUGUGCUGGAGUUUAGCAAGGCGCGCGAGGUGCUGCAGGGGUACGCGGUCGCGGGCGUCGAGACGGACGAGGGGCUCACGCGGGUGCUGCAGAAGAACGGGUGGGAGGCGCUGUACACGUACGACGGCGCUCUGGGUAUGGACUACGUCAAGAACGUCGUGAACCCGAUCCUGCAAGCCGCCCCGCGCGACUCGAUCCGCGGGCUCGUCGAGGACUUUGCGCACUACGACGAGGACGUGCUGUACGUCAAGGGCGAGAUCCACUACGAGCGCAAGCCGGCGAGCCUGCGCUUCACGACGCCCGAGCGGCGCGACGACUUUUCGCGGCUCGUCAUGUUCGACAUGCACCCGCCGCAGAAGGUGCUGGAUCUCGCUGCGAAGCUUGGCUCGCGCAUGCUCGAGAUGAACGAGGGGCGGAUGUGGAUGGCGGCGCAUAUGCGCAGGGGCGACUUCGCACGGCUGGGCUGGGCGAUGGAGAGCGACUUUGCGGCGCACCUCGAGCGCAUCCAGAACCACCUCAAGGACGGGCGCGAGCGCCUGCAGACGCUCAAGCAGAGCGGGCUGCAGACGUACAAUGUGCCCGAUGUGCCCGUCAACGCCGCGUUCUACGAGCACGAGCCACCGCAGCAGGGCGACAGAUACUACAUCGCAACAGACGAACGCGACCCCGCGAACCUGCAGCACCUGCGCGACAACGGCGGCGUGCUCGCGGCGUCGCUCAUCACGCCCGAGGACCGGCGCGCGUUCGGGUGGGACCUGCUCGUGACGGACGUGCUCGGGCUCGUGGAGCAGGCGUUGAUUGGAAGGAGCCACUAUUUUUAUGCGCAUGCGUUGAGCAGUGUUGCGGGGGGCGCGAUGAAUCUGCGGGCGGCGGGCGGGAUGGAUCCGCGGACGGCGUAUGUGGAUUAGGGUGGGCGUAUGGAGUUCUUGCUUCAGGUCUCCCCGGGUGCGAGAAGAAGGGGCGAGGCACUGCGUUGCAUGAGGCGUUCAAUUCGGCUUUGGAGACAUUCUGGAUGGAUAAUUAUUGAUUGAACUUAGAGGUGACUAGCAGCUGUAUCCUAUUCUACUAUUCAUUAGUUCUGCACAACGUCGACCGAUUGUGUUCGCC